AUGUCUGCACCUAAAGCACCACAAAUGAACAUGGUCCCCACCAUCGACGCCGCCGCUCUCCCCGACACUCCAGCGCACGAAUGGGCGGAAGGCACAUCCUCUGCUCUGCAGUCCAAGUUGGACGACCAGUCGCCGCAGCCAAUCCACUCUCUGAAUACAGACGCGACGAUGAGCUCGUCUCCAAUCGGCGUCGGCGGCGCUAGAGUCAGCGCGCCGCCGCUCACCUCUAAGGCAUCUACAUCAUCGACUCCGGGAAACGAGUUCCCUGGGGCUUAUCCACGGGAUAACUCGACGACACCCGGGAUGGCUACCUCUGCUGCUUCAACGGCCAAAGAUACCGCGUAUCAGAUUUACGAAUCCGCAAAACAAUACAUUCCCGCCCAAGAGGAUAUACAGCAAACGCUAGAGAAUGCAAGCACGACAGCUAAGCAGUACUUGCCUGCGUCCGUCGGGGCUUAUCUACCCGACGGAAAACAAGCGAUCUCAUUACCUUCUCAAGAGGUGUAUGGCAAUAUGGGCACGUCGUCCGACGGCGUAGGCGCGCUGCCUGGUACUCUUUCUGAAGUAAGCGUUGCAAAACUCCCUGAAGAGCGUCGAUUGGAAGGAUUGGAGAAUGCCAAGAGCUUCGGAAGUUCCUAUGCCCGUGAGCAAGCGUGGUCACAAACAUCAUCGGGUGGUGUAGGUGAUCUGCCUGGUCCGAAGUCUGAAACAGGCGUGGCAAUCCUGCCUGAUGAGCGGAUCACAAGAGGAAUGUCUGGUGGUACAGGUGGAUCUAGCCCCAAAACCGAUUCGGACGUCAUUAGGUCGCCCGAGGAGAAGACUGUAAAUGGCGGUUUCAAAGGUCUUACUAGCAAACCCGUUGUAACAACUACAAAUCAGCACUCUACUACAUCCCCGGUAAACCACCUUAGUGCUGGUUCAAAUGCGCAAGCAGACUCUAAUGCGUCGAAUGUCGCGCUCCCACCGACUCCUGGUUCGGGUGGCUACUCUACCAACAACGCAGUAUUGCCCCCGGCGAUCCCCUCGACAGGCAACGAGUUCGGCGGUGCCUCAGCUGGCGGAGUGGUCAACUCUGGCGGCUUCGGCACGCCCGCGCAGAAUGCAGUGGCUACCACUGACGCUCACGACGCUGCCACCCUUGACGCUGCCAAAGCAGCCGGCGUUGAACCCAAGGACACAGACGCUCCCGCGGUCCCUCCGAAAACCUCCGGUGUCCCUAGGCGCGUCGCAGACGAUAAACCAAUCGCUCGCAAAGGUGAGCUCAUUGCAAGGCAACACAUUUUGGAGGAAACUGAGAAGAUGAACGAUGUUAUUCGCAAAGAUAUCUCAGAAGUGGCCACGACAGGUCACGGUUCCCAUCACGGACGAACAGCUAGCCAGACGGAGUCGCGUCGUAAAAGCCAUGACUUUGCGGCGUCGCACUUGGACACGAGGGCUGCUAGCGAUCACCCGAAGGAUCGGAGUGGAUCUAUGUCUUCCAGCAGCAGUAAACCCAGCUUCAUGGACAAGGUGAAAGGCGAAGUGAAGGUUAUAUCCGGUAAGUUGGGCAAGAAUGAGGAGAAGGUGGAAGAAGGAAGGCGCAUGAUGGGCAAGGAGUAA